ACCCUUUCCAUCAUGAAAUCAUUAAUGAAUCCUCUAUCACUUCUUGUUAACGGUUCUGAAAAUUCACGGGAAGUCGCUCAAGACUUGGAAAUCCAAGCUCUUGAAACUUACGAAAAAUUCAAACCUCCACCACCAACUCACACGUUCAAACGGAUGCCAAAUUUUUGGGGACGUGAGAAAGAGAAACGAACUAUUGAUGAAAUUUUGCGAGGAGAUCCCAGAUGGAUCAUUAUUAAUGGAGUCAGAAGCACCGGAAAAACCGCGUUAUUACAUGAAAUCCUUACAGACGAUAAAUACCAUGUAAUUCAUUUGGAUUUACGUGUCCCAGGUUUCUCCGACUUACGUUCCUUCACCGCAGAACUCGCAUCUCACCUGGAAACCUUUCUCUUACGAAUAUCUGAACACCAACAACCGCAAACCAAAGAUCGAUACAAAAUUUUCGAAGAUCAUGCGACCAGGAUAAAACGCUUUCGACUCGAAGGGCCUGAAAACCUCGAGAAGAAAGGAUUACAACAACAAGCACAGCAUUCUGAUCCAAAUGAAAAUGCAAAGUUCGCAGCGACAA